CUUGAAAUAGUUGUUCUCAAUGGGGAUGGCAGUGUGACCAGCAGUCUGAACCUGAGGACCUCACAGGGGGACGCUUCUCAUGAAUGGGAGUCAGAUUCCAGCCCGGAAAGAGAAGCUGUUUGUUUGUCGACUUCAACCAACACACAAGAAAAACAACAUUCAGUUUUAAUUAGAUGAAACUGACUGAAUAUUUUAUGAGCGUCUUCACACAGAGACAAGUUUGACUGCAGCAGAGGAGCACUGUGGAGACUGUGCGACAUGGAAAACGGCUGUGAGACUGGGAGACCCUAGCAAGGAAAAGAGGUAAAAGGGCAACAACAACGAGGAGGAACCAUCUGUGGUUGGUUAACAGAAGUUCUCCUUUAUCCUGCAAUGCCAGAAGAAGCUAAUGAGGACGCCAUGAGAACACCAGCCACUCCAGAGAAGGCUAACAACAACGAGCACCCUGUAGCUACCACGGUUAACAUCCCCCUGGUCAAUGAAGUCCAGCUGACCGCAGCCACCGGCGGGGCAGAGCUUUCCUGCUAUCGCUGCACUGUCCCGUUUGGCGUGGUGGUCCUCAUCGCUGGCAUCGUGGUUACUGCCGUCGCUUACAGCUUCAACUCCCAUGGAUCCACCAUCUCCUACUUCGGCUUGGUGCUCCUCUCGGCUGGACUGGUGCUGCUAGCAUCCAGUGUGGUCUGCUGGAAGAUGAGACUGGAGAGAAAGAAGGAGAGGCGACGGGAGAGCCAAACCGCCCUGGUGGCAAACCAGAGGAGUAUUUUUACUUGAACUAACAGCUGGACUUAUAUGCUGGUCUGAAGAGGCCUGAUGUUUCAAUCGAGUUGGAGAACCAGUUGCGGACAGAUGUUGUCCAGCCUGUGUUGGAUUCCCAACCUGUAAAACUUUUAACCACAAACUCUAAAGGCCCAGAACUUAAAGCUUUGAAGACAUUGUAGGGGAUUUAUUUGUCAAACAGACGUCGAGCAUCUGGCGAGCUGGGAAUGCAGCCAGAAGGAAUGUAUCACAAUUAAGAUGAAUUACCACUGUGCGAAGCGAUGUAGAGGAAGUCUCCCAUUAAUCUGCUGUUGGAUGUGGCGGCUUUGAUUGUAAUGGGAGGGAUUGUGGUUUUGAAAGGCCCAGGAGAGGAGAGGAAAACUGGAAAAUCCAGGACAAUGAUUCAUGCCUCAUUUACUACACUUCAUCUCGGGCAUAUCUGUUUAUGAAGUCUCAGCGUUCAUGUCACAGGGAGUGAUUAUGAAUUGCCUGAAAUGAAAGUAUGGUACUCCAUAUGAGGAUUUUGUCUAAAAUCUGCCUAUAUAUUCUGUUCAGAUUAGAUGGCACAUGAUAUUAGAGAGAAUAUUUAACCUUACAUACAUAUUCUCUUAAAGCACUUUGAUUAUCAUAAUCAUCAUAUUCAGUAUUAAACAAAAUCUGUUAACAGAUGAAGUCAGUGAUACAUCCAGACUGUGAGUAGGUUUGCCAAUUUUGGCAAAUUUUUGCAAAUCCAAAUGCAUAUCUUGUUUGGUGAUGAUCACUUAUUGUCCAAUGUACUUCCAUACUGUAAAAACUGUUAAAUGUAGCAUAUAUUUUGUUCUGAUGUAAUCAUUUGCAUGUAUUAACUGUUGCCAGGACGUCAUGAGGUUUAAUAAACUCAUUGAUACUCAGACAUGUAAUGGUUUCACAGUUGCGAAGAACGGGGUUCAAUGAUUACAAGAAACUAAUCAUGCUGACUCAUUGAAUUGAACUGAAUAUACUUAUUUUGAACAUUAUAAGAAAGAUUACAUGUAUAUGUAAAAAACAAACAAAAGUGGAAACUUAAUCUUAUUAGAUCAAACCGAUGUUGACCACUAAGUUUUCGUUUGGGGACAUAAUGUACAGUUGAAAAAAGGUAAUAAAUCAGAAUAUAUCACAAUAUAUUUUAUCACAAUACUCACCAUGUCGCAAUAAUAAUAAUAAGUAUCGUGACAUAUCGUAUCAUGGAUCCUCAAGUGAUUCUCACCCCUAAUAUACAUCAGUCUUUCAAUAAGCAACAUAAAUUACUAUGUCAUGUACAAAAAAGAGUAGAAAGAAGUAAACUGCUAGACUAGUCCGACCCCAUUUCUAUACUUACUACGCAAUCAAUCUCAACCAACUCCCCUCUCCAGCAUCCAUAUCCUGAACUAAACCACUCUGUUCAUGCUCUUCCUACAUAAUUAACAACACUAAUCAAUCAAGAAUGUGAAAAGAAUAAAACCUAUAACAACAGUACCACCACCACAGUGUGCUUUACGUUCCCAUUCUUUAUUUCUGUAGCUUGCAUUAUUGGGACUCUUGAAUACUGGUUGCAAGAGUUAAUGGAAUAGCUCAGCAUUUUGUGAGAUUUUCUUAUUCAGUUUCUUUGUAAGAGUGAGAUGGGAAGAUAAAUACUACUCUUGUGUCUGUGUAUUGAGUCAGGACAAGGUUAGCCCAGUUAUCCAUCUCCCCCUGCUUCAAGUGUUUACGCUAAGCUAAGCGAACCAUGUUCUGCCUCCAUGCUCAACACACAGAGAUGAGAUCCAUGCUCUCAUUGUGCUCUGGGAAAGAAAGGGAUAUGCUUAUCUCUCAAAAUGUUGAACUGUUCCUUUUAAAUAUCUGUGUCAGAAUCUGGUCAAUACAUCAACAAACAACAACGAAACCACAAAAAUAUUUUUGAUAAGGAUUUCUCAACGUUGUGUUUUGAGGAACUGUGACUAAGACACACUGAUGGGAACAUUUUCACAUUUGAAAAGUAAACUUGUUGCUGCCCAUGGGUGGACAGACGAUGCAGUGAUGACACUGUUCGCCGCAGCACAUCUUUAGCAUUUCUGUACUGAUACGUUUUAUUGCUGGCCGACAUAUAGACUGAUGCUGAUUAUGAAUCGGUGAUGCUUUUAAUGUUUAUAGGAAGUCUCACUCUUGAUAUCAGUGUUUGUAUUUCUUAGAGACAGUUUAUGUAUUGGAGAAGUGAUGAGUUAUUACAUUAACAGCUCUUUGCUUUCAGUGCUGAAUCGAAGGAAAUGUUUCUUUCUCUUGUGACAUUCAUGGGUGCGCCUGAGUCUUCACACAUAAA